UGGUGUCGAACUGCCAAUGUGCACAGGUAAACGUGUAAUUUUACGCGUAGGGCAAAAUAACAGAGGUAGCCAAAACCAACGGUGUGACAUAAUACCUGAAGAAUGUGACCUAGUUUAUCUAUUAAACUUACCUGUAACGUCGCAAAUGAAUAUACAUAUAAUGGCCGUUAUAGGAAAUUUUAAGCUGGUCUUGUGGUUAAAAAAACUGAAUUAAAAGGAUGUAAAAGAGGAACUUAUUUACUGAAUUAUAACUGAGAAUUAAAUCGAGGAAUUCUAUAAUCAUGGAGGGUUUUCCAACAGCCAUAUAUUUAGCCAGCGAAGAAAGUGUUUUUCAUAAUCAAGGUGUUUUAUUUCAUUUGGUGCGUCCAACAAAGAAAGGGGAUGGAGUGGAAUCCGCUGCUGGACUGGCUAAUGUUAUACCAAGAAAAAGGAUAUAUCGUAUGGAAACUGUUGAGGAGUUAGAUCUGUUUAAAAAUGAAUUAUUAAAAAGACCAUUAGUGCUACAACCAACAUCAGAAAGUGGUGAAGGUUUUGGAUACGGGGACACAGGAUGUGGUUUAUGUAUAAAUACUGUAAACUGGGUUCUUUUGAUAAAUCAAACACAUCCAAAGAUACUAGGAAGAAUACAAAUGGGUGUUGAUGCUGCCAAAGCUGCUAUGAAUAGAGAAGAGCCUUUUCUAUUACGGUUUAAAUUUGGAUCCUUGCUGGAAAGAAUGCAUUAUGACGUGUUUAAGGAUGGCUUGGACUUGGACGAUGUUAUACAACUGAUUCACUCAAAAUUACGCUACGCUAAUUGGCAAUAUGGAGAAUUGAUUGUUCGUUAUCCUGGACCUAAGGACACUGGUAAACGAAAGACAGGAGUGAUGGAUAUACAGUUUCAGUUUGAGGAUAUAGAUGUGGAUGAAAUUGAAGUAAAAGCACCUUUGCCUUAUGCCCCACCUAGACCUUCAAAUUAUCCAGUACAAGGAGAUGAAAUUCGCGAUGUUUUACCCGGAUGGACAGUGAAUGAAGUAACGCCAUUAGAAAAUAUUGGUGAAACGGCACCGCAGAGUAAUUACAGUUACGCACAAGCUGGGCGUCUCUAUGAAAGUUUCCGCAGGAAAAAACGACAAAAGCCACAAAAACCUGGAGAUAAUUUUCAUUCAAGUACGCGGGAAGGAUUUGAAAAUGCAAUUGAAUUGGAUGAAGUAUCCCCGUCUGUAAUGGGUGGUGGUAUGGCUGCACCGCCUUCUCCACGAGGUGCUUCAGGAUAUUCUAAUUCUUAUGGUGCUUCAGGAUAUAGUGAGUCCAAUCAUAAUGCUAAAUUACAACGAAAUAAUGAAUAUACCAACAACCGUAGAGGUGAUAAAAGUUACAGAAAUCCUCCACAACAAGAGAAUGCUUCAAGUUUGUAUCCCGACGUGCAGAUUAUGGGGAGAACCCACAAUUUGUAUGAUAACAAAGACGCAGAAUCAUUCCAAUCCCUUCGAAUCAAUGGGACAGAAUCUGAACGGUCUUCCUACUCUACGGCAGCAAGCUCAGCAGGUGCUGAUAGUGGUUACCAUGGUAAUGAAAGUGAUGCUUACUACAAAGAUAAUCAUCAUAAUAUGGAGAUACAACAAAAGGGUGCUUAUAAUGCUUCAGUUUCAACGCCACGUGAAAAUCUUGGAUUCCAUCAUGAAGAUGAUGGUGAUGAUAUAUUAACAAAACAUAAGGAAUUUGUUAAUAAAAUGUUACACAAUAAUUCUGGACUCAAUCAGGGAAAACAACCAAGACCAAGAGAACAUAACUCUAAUGGUCAUUUAAGAGGACCUCAGAUACAUAAAGGCAGCAGUAAUGGACGUGCUCUUCGGGGUAAUGACACUACUUAUAUACAAAGUGAUCAGACACAACAAUAUCAACCCAGAUUUCAAUUUGGGAAUGAAGAAAUGAGUGAAAGCUUUAUAUAAAAAAAAAAUAUCUGCAAAGAUAUAUACCACGUGUAAAAUAUUCAGAAAGUGCAUAGUGUAAUAUUCAUUAUAAUCGUUCCUUAUUUUACGAUAAUUCCAGGAAUGUGUAUUAUGGACUACAGUUUGUAUAUAUUAUAUAGUAUUUGAUCAUUCCAUAUUUUAUGAUAAUUCCAGGAAUGUGUCUUAUAAAAUAUAGUAUGUAUAUUAUAUAAACAUUCCAUUUUUAUUUUAACUUUUAAGACGUCUUUUUGAUUUCACCCUGAAACAUUUUAUGGGUGUUAAAAUCUGCAUUGUUGAUUAAGGUCUAAGAACAAUGAUAUUAUUGAUAUGUACCUGGUAUACAUGUAUGUGAUCAGCUAUAAAUGAGACACAUGUUUUACUCCUCAUAUUUCAAAUCUUGAACAAAAGGAAAAAAGGAAUUUGUUUUUAACAUGUUUGUUGUUGUUCUAAAAAAUGACUAUAUUUUUUUAUUCCCCUAACAUCCCAUUUCAAUUCCCUCAUUUUGUAUCUGUAAUUUUAUGUUAUAGUUUACAUGUAUGCCAACUUCAAAACGGUAUAUCAUGUCAAGUUUUUAAGAUAGAUGUAAAUGUAUUCGGUAGAAGAAAAGGGAAUAUUACAUAUACUUAUUUCCUUUUAUCCCCAACUGUAUCACUGAGAUUCGAGGAGAACGCUAGAUCGGAGUCAGUCCUGCACAUAUGACAUUACAGUAAGGGUUAUGUUAGGACCUGCAGAUUUCGCCAAAGUCGCGAGAUGUAAACAGGGCUAGCGCUAACACUAACCCAGGACCAAGCCUAACCCUUACCCUAACACACAAUCCAAAUAUGACGUCAUAUAUGCAGGACCGUCUCCAAUCUAACGUUCUCCGAGAUCCGAUCCUGCCUGCACUGUACAGCAAUUCUUCCACCCCUCUGCUGUACUCUCAGUAAAGAACUGAUUUGUCAGUCUUGGAUUUUAUGUCAUACUAGCUGGACACCCGGCUUUGCAUGUGGCCCAAGAUCUGCCCAGUUCCCAAGAUCUGUGACUUUAACUUUCAUAAAUCAUGGCCUAAAACAGUCGCAGGGUCAUGCUGGUUAAUUUGAUACCAUAUACGAUAUAUGUGGGGGUGGAUUGCGGCCAGGAAGUGUUAUGGGCGAACAUACAUCUUUGGUUUUAUUUAUAUAGAUACAUACUAAUUUAAAGGUGUUUGAGAACUGAAUUUAAAUUUUUGAUUGAUGUGUCUCAUUUAAUCCGCUGUAUUCCAUGUGUAUGUACAUACUGAUCUACAUAUAUUCCAUGUGUAUGUACAUACAGACCUACAUUAUAUUCCAUCUGUAUGUACAUAUAGAUCUAUAUCAGAGUAAACACCUGUAAGGUGUAAAUAUUGUUUUAGCUGAAAUUUUAUUUUAUUUAACUACAUACAUGUAUUUGUGGUUGUAUUUUUAAACUUUAUCCCAAAUCAAAAUUGUUAUAAUCAUGUAAGUUACAGGGUAAAUGAUUGUGUGCUUCAUUAUCAGAAUACAUUCUGGUGUAUCAUGGUAAUAUACAAUGCAUUCUACACUUGCAUCCAAAAUUUACAUGUAACUAACUAUAUCAAGAUUGCUAUGAAAUAUAUAUUUUUAAUAAAUUGUAUAUAUUAAUUUAGAACAUCAAUUGUAAAUAUUUUAAACCAGGGACCCUGUUCAUAAAGAAUAUGUAAAGUGUUAUGGGGUACUUAAUCAGUAAUAUGUACAGUUGUACAUGUUGUUAGAUGUACAGCUGCAGUCACAUGUACAUGUAUGUACCAUACAGCUGUAGUAACAUGUACAUAUCAUACAGCUGCAGUCACAUGUACAUGUAUGUACCAUACAGUUGUAGUCACAUGUUCAUGUAUGUACCAUACAGCUGUAGUCACAUGUACAUUGGAUGUGCUUUAUGACAAUUGUUAUUCUGCUGAGAUUUUUUAAUCCCUAUGCAAAAACCAUUAAAAAUACAAUCUUCACCUCUGACAAAUUGUGCUUUUAGGUUUUAUUGGUUUAUUUAGCCGCAGGAAAAUGUAGUUUAAAUUAAUUUCUAUCCACAUGUUGUUAAUGUGUCUGGAUUUCCAAAAUUCGAAUUACAGAAUUUACUUCACACACAAACAUCGUAAUUUGAUAUUUCUAGGCCAUUAUUAUAUACUGGUACCAUGAUUGUAUGCCUCUAUUGUGUCUUUGAAUGUUAGGAAAAUAAAACCAAAGUACCAAUAUAUUAUGUAGCUACAUGUACCAACAUAGACUGUAAUAUACGUCCAUGGUACCAAGAAAGAAAAUAAAACAAUUUUACAUAUUUCGCAUGUAAAUAAAAACAUUUACAUGUACAGCUAAAACUUAAACAAAAAAUAAAUUUCAAUUCAACAGAAGAAAUCAUUUAAUUCAAGUAAAUUGUAUUGAUAUCAUAAAAUAAGUUCCUGUUUUAAUGCAGGUUUGAUCAAUAUUACAUGUAGUUGGAUUUUAAAUAGUGAAAGGGUAAUUCAGCGACAUAUAUAGAUCCUAUUGGUCAUAAAUCUAUUUUUAUCUUUGUUUACUGUUUGGCUUAGCUUUUCAUAUAGCCUUAUUUACAUAUAUGAGUUUAUAUAUACCUAGCCUGCUCUUGUCUGUAAAACUUUAUAACCCAACAUACCAAAGUCUCUAUGCACCUUCUGUCCCGCCCCAUGAACUUUCCAUGACAAAGCUUAUUGUCUUUUUAUACAGGAUUAUAAUCAAAGCAAAUUCUUCUUAUAAUCCGUGCAAUAAGAUCUUGUUAAUACUAUAAUUUGUAAAUAUUCACAAUUAAUAACAAAAUUAGCUCAUUAAAUUUUCAAUGUGUGUAUAAAUAAAGGGAUUAUAAGAUUCUUCUGUUUAUCUUGUGGCUUUGGACUUCCGGGUGGUAUAUGUUUGAACUACUGGUAAUAUAUGUAUUUUAUUUUUACCAGAAAUAUGAUAAAACAUAAAUAAUUAAAUUUGUACAUAUAUAUAUCAAAUUCUCAAACAAUUACCGCUCACUGAACUUAAACCAAAGCCUUCCAAGCACCAAAGAGAAUAUCAACUAAUAUCCCUCUCCCUUUAUUUAAAACCUACUCCAUGAAUUUUUAAAUAUGUAAAUUUUUACUUCAAAUGAACCACAUGAAUUUGUUUGAACCAUUAUCAAACAUAUUAACUGUCUGAUUGUAAAUUGCAGAAAAGUAGGAGGUUUAUGCCCCAUUUCAGUAUUGGAAACAAUGUAAAAUAUGAACCUUCAUUUCCUAUUUCAUUUUAUAUAGUAUUCUUAGAAAUUAUUUUAAUAUAUACAGUAAUGUAUUUAUGUUUUAUAGGUGAACGUUUUAAUAAAUUCAGAGAUGAAUAUUAGAGCUAUAUUUUCAUUUCCUUUCUCAAAUAUAUUCAUUAUUAUAAAAUGUAAAGACAUCAAGACUUUAACCAUUGUAAAAAUAGGAUCCAUUCAUUAUGAUGAUGAUUGUUCUUUCGCCUCUCAAGGAAAGUGUCUAGUUGUUUAGAUGGUACAAAAAACGAGGUCCAGAUGUGUACAGAAGGGCGUGCACAUGGAAGAACACCUGUCAUUUGGAAUUUGAUAAGAGUAAAACGUUAAUCCCUAUUUCAUUUCUUUCACCUAGUUUAAUGUGUUCUUUCAAUAUUGGUUGAAACAGCAAAAUGAGAAUUGGUGAUUUUCUCGCUGUAACCCAGCGGGCUUAUUUUUAUUGCUUUUCAGACUGUGAGCAACAUGGAUAUCAUUCUCUUGUUAAAAUUGUAUUCUUGUUUACUAGAUAAGGAAUUUAUGACACAUUUAAAAUCGCCUUCCUUGACAAAUUUGUAAAAACUGUAUACUUUUCCCUUAAAACUUUCACUGUUUAUCAAGAAUUUUUUUUUCUUCUUUGAAUUGUAGGCCUAGGCUAUAUUUUGUAAUUUAUAAUAUUUUUUUUUAUUGUUUUCCUCCAUUAAACCAUAUCGUACUUUUUAAA